UCUUCCGUCUGCAAUCCAUUCUCCUCUCCGCCGGUGGUUUUGGGUAGCAAAAUUCUUUGUUUUUGCAGUUGGGCUACUUGGAUCAGUGCCUAACUUCCACAAAAGACGGCGUUGUUCUCCACCUCAAGCCUUAACAAUAUAAAGACAGUUGCUUUGAUAAACCGCAUUGUUUUGCAAUGGAGGGGGUGCCAUAUGCUUACACUACAAGCUUCAAAACACAAUUAUUUUUGUCGUCUGCACUGUCAUCAUCGUCUAUUAUAACCAUCCACCAAAAGCGUCACAAAACUAUUUUAAAAUCCAUAUCUCGUAGAAAUCUUGUUAUCUGUGCUUCAUCUGGUUCUAGUUCUGUUGUGAAGUUGCUUGAUUAUGGAGCUGGAAAUGUUCGGAGCUUAAGGAAUGCUAUUCACCAUCUUGGCUUUGAGAUAGAGGAUGUGCAAACUCCAAAAGACAUUUUGGAUGCUGAACGCCUUAUCUUUCCUGGUGUUGGGGCAUUUGCUUCAGCCAUGGAUGUAUUGGUCAAGACCGGGAUGGCUGACGCACUUUGUUCCUAUAUCAAGAAUGAUCGCCCAUUUCUAGGCAUUUGUCUUGGCCUUCAACUACUUUUUGAGUCUAGUGAAGAGAAUGGACCAGUGAAUGGUCUAGGCUUGAUACCUGGUGUGGUUGGGCGGUUUAACUCUUCAAAUGGUUUUAGAGUACCCCAUAUUGGCUGGAAUGCUUUGCAAAUUACAAAAGACUCUGAAAUUUUGGAUGACAUUGGAGAUCACCAUGUCUACUUUGUUCACUCUUACCGUGCCAUGCCAUCAGAUGAUAACAAGGAAUGGAUUUCAUCUACAUGCAAUUAUGGUGAUGAUUUUAUAGCGUCUAUCAGAAGGGGAAAUGUGCAUGCAGUUCAGUUCCAUCCAGAGAAGAGUGGAGAUGUUGGUCUUUCUGUAUUGAGAAGGUUUCUAGAUCCAAAGUCACAGGGGACAAAGAAUCUUACUCAGGGGAAGGCUUCAAAACUUGCUAAGAGGGUGAUUGCUUGUCUUGAUGUUAGGACGAAUGAUAAGGGGGAUCUUGUUGUCACCAAAGGGGACCAGUAUGAUGUACGAGAGCACACAAAAGAGAAUGAGGUGAGAAACCUUGGCAAACCUGUGGAGCUUGCUGGACAGUAUUACAAAGAUGGGGCUGAUGAGGUCAGUUUUUUGAACAUUACUGGCUUCCGUGACUUCCCAUUAGGCGAUUUACCAAUGUUGCAGGUAUUAAGACGCACUUCAGAGAAUGUUUUUGUCCCACUAACGGUCGGAGGUGGUAUACGAGAUUUUACAGAUGCAAAUGGCAGGCACUAUUCUAGUUUGGAGGUUGCUUCAGAGUACUUUAGGUCUGGGGCUGAUAAAAUUUCCAUUGGGAGUGAUGCAGUUCAUGCAGCAGAAGAAUAUAUGAAAACCAAAGUAAAGACAGGAAAGAGCAGCUUAGAACAAAUUUCUAAAGUCUAUGGAAAUCAGGCAGUAGUUGUAAGCAUUGAUCCUCGUAGAGUGUACCUUAAAAGUCCUAAUGAUGUGCAGUUCAAGACCAUAAGGGUCACAAAACCAGGUCCAAGUGGAGAAGAAUAUGCUUGGUAUCAGUGUACGAAGUCUUUAUCUUAUGCACAUCCUGAAUGGCUUUCUGUUCCUAAGGUUAAUGGUGGGCGUGAAGGUCGACCAAUUGGGGCUUAUGAGCUUGCAAAAGUAGUUGAAGAACUGGGAGCUGGAGAAAUACUAUUGAACUGCAUUGAUUGUGAUGGUCAAGGAAAAGGAUUUGAUAUAGAUUUAAUAAAGCUGAUAUCAGAUGCUGUCAGCAUCCCUGUAAUUGCAAGUAGUGGUGCCGGUGCUGUUGAACACUUCUCGGAGGUAUUCAUGAAAACAAAUGCAUCAGCAGCUCUUGCUGCUGGCAUUUUCCAUCGGAAGGAGGUGCCCAUUCAGUCUGUAAAAGAACACUUGUCGAAGGAAGGCAUUGAAGUAAGGAUAUAGCCAUAUCUGUUCUUGUGUCAAUGAGGCUCCUGAAUUUGUUCCUAAAAUCAAGAGUGGGUAGAAAUGCGAAAACCUUAUAUCUGUUUUUGUAUGUUUUCUUUCAUUUUUGCAGUUUCGGGAUUGCUUUCGAAAUGAUCUGUUCGUAUGUAAUCAUUAUAUUUGAAAUUUUGAAUGUUUUGUUAUGUACUUUAUUUGUUCUGUUUUGACACCUCAUGCUCCUUUCCCAGCUUCCUAAAUGGCAGACUCGUGAUGCUAGAAAGCUUCUUGCUGAUAGUUUUUGCUUUGUUAUAAGAGUAGCAUUUUUCUUUAAAGUAAGAUUCAGAUAUAAAAAUUUUAUUAGC